AUGACCAAAGAGACUGAGACUCUGGGACUGGUCUUUCAGAGCGAGAACUUCAACUAUAACCGUUACACAAACUACAUCAUGGACUCCUGGUCUUACCUGGAGAACCCUAUGCCAGAGCAGAACCACUCCAAACCCAGACUCCACCCUGGAGAUGACCUGGCAGCCUUAACCAUGCUUUAUGAGCAGUGCAAGAACCAAAAAGAUCAGAAGCUUACUGCCUGCAACCGCAACAUCUGCAAACCAACAGAAAGGACUCUAACCAACACCAAUGAGCUUGUUUCAUUGGAGACAUCCGCCAAUGUCAUGAAGAUCCUCUCUGAGAGCAUUCCCACCAGCCACCACCAGGACAUUUUGGGAUCCAAGCAUCACACCUCCCUGCCCAUCUCUGCUCCCACCAACUCAGAUACCUACACCACCCUGACCAGCGUGGUGGCAGACACUUAUGACAAGCAGGAGCUCAACAUAAUCUUUGACUCUUUGCUGCAGAAGUGGCCAGAGAAUGGGCCUUUCCCCGACGCCAGCACAGAGACUCUUCCCUACAGCGACCCCUUCCCUGAGGAUCAUUCCAGCCCUGUCUACUCAGGCUCCUACACUGCCUCCCCACCAGAUAGAUACAGGAAUGAAUUCCAGUUUUCCCUUGGUGCUCCAUCAGCGUCCCCAUACAAAUCCAAUGAGCUGCCCAUGGUCUACUUGAACAAGGGGCAGUUUUACCCCAUCACUCUCCAAGGAGUGGAUAGCAGUGCCUGCCUCACUGCCACCAAAGUCAAGACAGUUGUGAUGGCUGUGUUUGAGAAUGACAAGAGCCCAGAAAUGCAGCUCCGCCUUUGGAAUCACUGGCAUGCCCGCCAACCAACUGUCAAGCAGAGGGUCAUUGACAUCGCGGACUACAAAGAAGUGUUCAGCGGCAUUAGCAACAUAGAAGAGGUGGCCUUCAAUGCUCUCUCUUUUAUUUGGAACCCGAAUGAAGAGGCCAAGGUGUACAUUGGCAUCAACUCCCUGAGCACAGACUUUUCUUCACAGAAGGGAGUGAAAGGCCUGCCUCUAAACAUCCAGAUCGACACUUACGACUUCAGCUCAGGAACUAACCAGCUCAUACACAGAGCUGCUUGCCAGGUCAAGAUUUUCUGUGAUAAGGGUGCAGAGAGGAAGAUGCGUGAUGAAGACAGGAAGAGAACCAAGAGGAGGGGAAAUAAAGAUGCCAACACCAACAAAUCUUUAGUGACCAGCUCCAUGGGCAGUGACUGUACCUUCUUCCAGACCCUGGAUGAUCACAUCACCCAGCCCGUUCUCUUUAUUCCAGAGACGCACCUUUCCAGUUUACAGCGCAUGGCUACUCCUAUGGACGAUGAAAGGAAAUCUCUUAAGAGGUUGUAUCCAGACAGAGAUCAGAACAACUCUCCACCCAGCAAGCAACCCCGCAGAGACGACUCACAGAGAAUUCUGCUGUACGUGAGGACAGGCACUGAAGAGGUGUUUGAUGCUCUCAUGCUCAACUCGCCAACACUGUCAGGCCUACGGGAAGCUAUUUCAGAGAAGUAUGGUAUGCAAGAAGACACCAUUGGGAAAAUCUACAAAAAAUGCAAAAGAGGGAUCUUCAUCAACAUGGAUGACAUCAUCGUUGAACACUACACCAAUCAAUCUGCUUUCCUCAUUGAGAUGUCCGAGGUGGUCACUGGGCAGUUCCAGGUCACUCUCAUUGAAGUAUGA